GAAGGUAGCAUCCUGCCUCCCUCCCAGUUCCAAGCCACCCAGCCCCAUGGUCCCCGCCGCCUGCGUGCUGUUCUGGGCCCUACUGCUGAGUCUGGGGCUCCAGGCGGCGGGGGCCCAGGACCAGACCCCGACCACUACCCCGACAGGGACAGGGACGAAGGGGGUCACCUUAAGCUUCGGGAGCCCAGCCCGCAGCCGGAACACUGGCGGCAUCUCCCAGUCCAGUGUUGCCCAUAAGACGAAAAUAGUUCUGGAGGAUGAGAAUGACGCAGUGGCCACCGCAGAUCGUCUAGCAGGCCCGGCAGCAGCCGAGCUCCUGGCCACGGUGACAGGCAUGAGCAGGUCAUCUGAAACCGGCUUUGGUGACGAUGAUGAUGGGUCUUUGGAAGAGGGGGUUGUGAUUGAUGCCAGAAAGAAUAACACCAGCAUGGAGGCUCGCACUAUAGAUCCUAUGACAAUAGGUACCAGCACUGGGAGGGUAACAGCCAACAAACAAGAGAAGGAAAUCAGGAUGACCACAAGCCUGCCACCCACCGCCGGUUUGCGUUCUACUGGGGAACUGAGCACCGAGGCCUUGAGCCGGUGGUCAACAGCUGGGUCUACCCCCAGCGGGUGGCCGUCAACCUCGCGCACAGCUAUGCCACCUCCUGAGGAUCUAAGACUAGUGCUGAUGCCCUGGGGCCCUUGGCACUGCCACUGCAAGUCGGGCACCAUGAGCCGGACCCGGUCCGGGAAGCUGCAGGGCAUUUCUGGGCGACUUCGAGUUGGAGCACUGAGACAAAUCCGUACAGAACAUCGGCCUUGCACCUACCAGAAAUGUCCCUGCAAUCGCCUUCGGGAAGAGUGCCCCCUGGACUCAGAUCUUUGUUCUGACAACAGCUGCACCACUCAGACCACCACCACCACCACCACCACCACCACAGCCCCCAUCCAAACCAGACGUCUAACCCUUCCACCUCCCCCACCUAGCCCAGGUCUCGUUUUUUGGAAAAAAGUCAGAAUGGGCUUGGAGGAUAUUUGGAAUAGCCUCUCUUCAGUGUUCACAGAGAUGCAACCAACACACAGAAACCGGAGGUAAUGGCCACUUCAUCCACAAGAGGAGGUGUCAGCAUCUCAACCUCUCCCCUUUCAAUCCCCA